AUGGUGGGGAAGCCAGUGCUUCACUACGUCAAUGUUGGUGGCAGGAUGGAGUCUAUCCAGUGGCUCUUGGCUGCAGCUGGAGUAGAAUUUGAAGAGAAGUUUGUAAUGUGUCCAGAUGAUUCUGAAAAGUUAAAAAAGGAUGGGAUUUUGAUGUUCCAGCAAGUACCAGUGAUGGAGAUGUAUGGAAUGAAGCUGGGGCAAACCAGAGCCAUUCUCAAAUGCAUUGCCACCAAAUACAACCACUGUGGGAAAGAUAUAAAGGAGAGAUUCCUUAUACAUACAUACACAGAAAGCAUUGUAGAUUUAUAUGAACUGUUUAUGCAUGUACCAGUAACUCCAGAUCAAAAAGAUUCCCAGAUGGCCUUGAUCAAAGACAGAACACAGAAUUAUGACUCCCUUGGUGCUGUUGUGAACGUGGAGUGCUGCCCACAGAAGAUGGCACACAGAGAGCCGAGAGGAGCUCUAAGGAUUCAGGGCUGCUCCUCCCAGCUUGUGGGCAGAUGGAAAUGUGGGGCAGCCGGAGCUGAGCCCUUGGCACAUGUAGAAAAUGUGGAGAAGGAUGUCUGUCUUCUCAAAUUCUACCUUGUUGGCAACAAGCUGAGCAGGGCUGACAUUCACCUGGUUGAACUUGUCUACUCUGUUGAAGAGGUUGAUGCGAGUCUUUUGGCUGACUUGCCCCUGCUGCAGGCCCUAAAAACCAAAACCAGCAACUUGCCCAAUGUGAAGAAGUUUUGGCAGACUGGCAGCCAGAGAGGAAGUUUCCUAUUAUUCAGAAAAUGA